AUGUCACUCACAGAUACCGAUUCACUAUCUUCCUGCCUCCUCGCCUCCGCCUCCACCUCCAGCCAUGGCCACGCACCUCGGCCAUUCAGCGAGGACUCGACGCCCUUGCCUCCUCAACUUGAAGGCGAUGGCAACGACAGCAACGGCGGCACCCUCGACGUCUCUUUACUUGCGAGCAGCCGGGUUGCGCGUGUCGAGGCCGGCCAUGGGUGCACCGAAGACGUGCUCCAUCUGGACGAGAUAGAGGACUGGCCUACUUUGGAUAACAUGCCCGCAAUGGGUCUGCAGGACGUUUUCACGGACCAUCAGCAGCCGUUUUACAAAUGGAUAAGGACUCUACAGAAACGAGCCAUCCGCCGCCAGGAGGUUCUAGGACAGGGCUGUAACGGAGGCAUCGUGCCAUGCUACCUUGACGCCGACGAUGUCGAGAGUUCUCUGACGUGGGGUCCGUCUCACCACAGACAGUCGUCAUCGGGCUCGUCCUUUGGCUUCGUAGCAGCUGUCAAAAGCGCCACCGUAUCUCUCACCAGUGCCAGCGUCUUGACUCGAUCUCGGAGGAACACACUAAGAUCGUCUCGCGGUCAUUCGAGAACGGAUCGCAGCAGCAGAGCUUCCGUCUCGGGUGCCCGGCUUUCUGAAGACAGCUUUUGUCCAGAUCGGCAGGCCAUCCUAGACCCCGCCGUCAUGGAACGAUCUAUUCAGAGGCGGCGUAUUCUAGAGGAGCUCAUAGGCACCGAGGAAAGCUACAUCGGAGACGUGCGGUUUCUAAUGAAUGUCUAUGUCACUAUCCUCGCCUCUCUUCCCACGCUACCACCAGGCUUGCGGUCGUCCAUCAACCGAAACUUGACCGAAAUUGUAGAACUCCACGAGGAGAUGCUUGGCGACUUGCAUCGUGCUGUGCCUCACUCCGAGUACACACAGCUUGAGAGUCUGCCCCGCAUGCUUACCCAUCCCAGCCCAGCUGCUCGUGGCCAUCAUCGAUGGAGGAGCCUGGAUGCGGUUCCAGAAGACAAUAAGGACGGCGUUUCUUGGCUGAGAGAUGUCCCCGGCAUGAUUGCAGACCCUCAGACAGCAGCAGAGGUUGCAAAGGUCUUCACAAAAAAGAUGAAUCGGUUUUUUAUCUACGAGGAAUACGGCGCAAAGUACGAAUUGAUGAUCAAGGACGUGGCAUCUGCACACAGAACGAUGCCGCGGUGGCAGUCGUACCAGAAAGGCCUGGAGGUUUUGGCUGCAUCGUUGGGCUCUGCCAACAGCCAAGAUGACCAUUCAAAGAAAAGUCUCACUAUUGGCGAUCUUCUUGUCAAGAUGACAAGAACUAACAGCCUCCAGCCGAUUCAAAGAGUGUGCAAAUAUCCACUGCUAUUUGCAGAGCUCUUGAAGCACACGCCUGUAGUCGACUGCCCCUAUUCGCACAUGGAGAUUGAGAAUGCCCUGAUGAGACUUCGCGAGGCCACUGCUGAGAUCAAUAGGGCCACCGAUGAUGCCCGGAUCAAAUCGGUAUUGGAAAAGACAUGGAUGCUCCAGGACCGGCUUGUGUUUGCAAACCAGCAACUCGACGCAGCGUCGAAGAACCGCAUACGGUCAUUUGGCCAUGUGCAGCUCUGCGGUGCUCUGCAUGUCUGCUGGCAGACCAAAGAGGGCGUUACAGGUCAGUACAUGGUUGCUCUCCUGUACCGGGAGUGGCUAUGUCUCGCAACGGCGAGUAGGAUCGACCAGAUCUACACCAUCCAGGCCUGCGUUGCCCUGGGAAAUAUCAAGCUAGAAGAGGUGGACAACGGUAGAGGACUCCAAUGCCACACCGCACCAUAUUCGUGGAAACUCGUGUUCAUGUGCGACCAUCAGCUCUACGAGAUGAUAUUAACAGCGUGUACUCCCAAAGAGGAAGUCGAGUGGCGCACCCGCCUCAGUAACGACCAGGCCAGCGAUAAUCAGGAGCAGGCUUCGCCGGCAACAUUCAAUACACUCGCCCUGAACAUCAAAACUCUGGGGACUGUUUUUAGAAAGCCAGGAACCAUUGCCAGAAGAAUAUCAAUACACAGAGCCACCACGGUCGGGCCGAAAUCGCCCCUGUGCCAAGUCAUUCUGAAAAAUACGAGCGUCAUCAAGGACGCACCAAGCUCUAGGGGUAGCACUCAGAUCAAUAGGUCACAGUCACUCUUGACGACAAACACGCGAAUCCCUGUACUGGCUCCCCCGAGAGGCGAGAGAGCCCGGCUUGAGGCUCUUCUAUCAGAUGUGUGGACCCGAGAUAUCCUGCCAUUCCCCGGGAUAACAGCCCGAUCCAGGAGCGAGCAUCUUGUUCGAGCAUCUGCUUCUUCGGUGAUGCGAAAGUUGAGCGUUGUAAGCAUUGCUAGUGGUUUUACGAGGCGCACAGCGAGUCUAGCGAGCCUACAACAAAAGAUGGGCACUGACGACGAAGGCUCGAAGGAGGGAAGUGCAGGUUCGUCGGUCGUGCGGGACGAGUCUGGGGAUACGUGCGGCUCCCCCUUAUCCGUCAUCCCUGACGAGACAGAGAGGAACAGCCCCUCGCUGAGUACAGCGGAUUCAAAGUGGGAAGCAGACGUCCUUGGGACGGUGCGUCGCUUGGGCGUAACGGCUGUGGCUGCAGCACGGGUGGAGGGAGAGGCGGACAAAACACGUCCUUGUACACCGGCAUUUCGGCACUCGUCGGCAAACAGUUCUCGGGCACCCAGCCUGAUGGGCCCGAGCCUCGCUGCCAUGGUGGCUCGCGAGUCUGGAAAGGAGAACAUGCACUCGCCGCCACCGGAAUCGUGCAGAUCCUCGUUACGCUCGCGCAAGCUCUCAAGUCGGUGGGCAAGGGUUGGGAUUUUACAUCGAGAGUCUGUUGUCCAAAGCAUACGCAGUUUCUUUCGCUAA